AUGGCUACUGACAAGCUUUCCAGAAUCAAUUUUUUUAUGCGUAUAUCUGCACGUGAUGGAUCAGGUGGGGCAUCUUUGGUGUUUCGGGUGGAACUCACAAAAAUUUUGGCUUCUUUUUCAGCUCCUAACAUUCGUGAAAAGGAAGGAAACGAGAUAAAAGUCAUCGAGGUGACCAGCGGAAAGGAUGUUAAACUCACUUGCCAGAUCAGAACCGCUGGUCAGACCUCAAAACCAAGGUAUUACUGGCUCAAAGACAAUCAGACGCUCGGUCCAUCGAGUCAUAAUCGUCUGAGGUUAAAACUCUACAGAUACCUAAAGAUAAAAAGAGCUAAGAAAGAGGACACCGGCUUCUACACCUGUGUCGCAGUAAAUGACUGUGGCAAGAAUCAUUUUACAAUGCACCUAUUUGUCAGAAGUCCAACACUGAAUCCCAAUAAAAUUACAGUAGGAGUUAAGACAGAUGUACUUUCAUUUCUAAUCGGAAGAAAUUAGUGAAAGAUGAAUACAGAAGCAGUUUAGUUGAUACAGGAGCCGAUAUUAAUGUUCUUUGAAAUAGAGAAAAGCAACCUUCCUCUGGAAGACAGUCUCAAUGGGGUGAUGGCUUUUACGGCUAACGUAGCGUUACGGCUAAUUUUGGCCAAUCUACGGCUAACGGCUAAAUUUUUGGCCGUUGUAAGGCUGUCGGAUAACUCCAUUAAGACCCUCUGAGAAGAAAACUGAU